AUUUUGUUUCAUCUCUAACAGCCACUCUGAAAACAACCUUACGCGUAAUAAAUAUUGUUAAAAAUAAACAGUGAAAAAUCAAUUUAAAAAAGCAACUAAAUAACCAGAAAAAACCGGUGACUAAAACGUGGUUAAACAAAAGUCAGCAAACACAAAAGUACAGUUUGAUUUUAUCGCAUUAAGCGACCCCAAAAGUUCCCACCCUUUGUUUGACGUCAUAGCCAGGGCAAACAUGAAAACCCCCGUAUCAGCUGCGAAUUUAAGUAACCCAAAUGCUGGCAGUUCCGGAGUAACUGCCGUGCAGAUCGUACCUAAAACAGAGCCCGUCGGAGAAGAAGGCACUGGACCCAUGUCGCUGGACUUCCAAACACCAAACCUCAGCACUUCCACCCCGAAUCCCAACAAGCGCCCGGGUACCUUAGAUCUGAAUAGCAAAGGUGCCAAAAAUAAGCGCAUCUUCGCCCCACUGGUUAUCAACUCACCGGAUCUUCAGGCGAAAACCCUAAAUACACCGGACAUAGAAAAUAUUCUGAUGUCCAACAACCUGAUCCAGACACCGCAACCAGGCAAAGUGUUUCCAACCAAAGCGGGUCCGGUCACUGUCGAACAGGAGGCCUUCGGCAAGGGAUUCGAGGAGGCCCUACAGAAUCUACACACCAACUCCCAGGCUUUCCCGGCUGUUAACUCCGCUCCCAAUCCCACAACCACUGCGGCAGUCAUGACGGCAGUAAACAAUGGCAUCAGCGGAGGAACCUUCACCUACGCCAACAUGACCGAGGGCUUUUCGGUGAUUAAAGAGGAACCCGGCAAUCCAGCUGGUUCACCCACUGUCAGUCCCAUCGACAUGGAAACACAGGAGAAGAUCAAGCUGGAGCGCAAGAGGCAGCGCAACCGUGUGGCCGCCUCCAAGUGUCGCAAACGUAAGCUUGAGCGCAUUUCUAAGCUGGAAGAUCGCGUCAAAAUACUUAAGGGAGAGAACGUAGAUCUGGCGGUCAUCGUAAAGAACCUCAAGGAUCACGUGGCUCAGCUGAAACAGCAGGUGAUGGAGCACAUUGCUGCUGGCUGCACAGUCCCGCCAAAUUCGACGGAUCAAUAACAGUUGGAGUUGUCAGACGGUGAAGAGGAUAAGGGAGAUGAAAAAGUGGCACUGAGGACUGAACCUUCUUCGAAUCGAGAAUUUUCCGAACAGACAAUGCCUCUGGAACUGUUUCUAAGUGCCACCACGAGUGCCUUGGAACUGGAGGCAUCGGCCUCGCAGGAUAUCUCCCUAAAUAAUAGCGAUCUUCUGGAGGAGGAUGGCGAAAAUGAACGGCCUCUGGUGCUCUACAUCCUCUCAGACGAUGCAACCUGAGGUUUUGUGCCUUUUUUCUGUUUUAGCUGCAAUAUUUCAAAUGCUUCUCAAGUGUUUUGUUUACUUAGUUAUUAGUAUAAGCUAAUAUUAAUCAAGUAUUAUCUGUGUUGAACGUAAGAUAAUAUAUAAUGUAAUUUUAAAA